AUGUUGCGUUUGGUGAAAGAAAACGUCGUCUAUGUGACAGUGCAUCGAUUUUUAAAGCAUGUCACUGAAUUGGAGCAACAGCACGGCUACAACUAUAAAAUCGACAAGAAAUCAGUGAUGAAAUGCUUGUAUGCGCUUCAGAAAGCUGGUUUAGUACGGCUCUAUGAACGUAUCGUUGUCGAGGAUUACAUUUCGAGUCCAGUAAGUUCGAGUGAUCAUAUUCAUCUUUUGGAGAAGUUCCGGUUUUGUGAUUAA